AUGGACCAGCGCAAACCUAAAAUGAUAUCUAUUUUAAACAACGACGAUAACCCAUCUUUUGCGGUUCGACCCAUCAAUCCGGUGAAGUAUCGGCCGCAAGCAGUGGCAUACACCAACCAGCAGGUUCGCCAAUUGCCCCCGCAAGGUGGAUAUCAAAAUAUGCGUGGAGACCAACAUAUUUUAUCCCCCGGAUCCCCUCCGGCUAAUCAUCUAGAUUCAAGACCACACCAUGGAGCCAUCGAGCAUUCAAUCUAUUCGUACGGCCACGAAGCCCAUAUAAACCACUUCGAUAAUCCCUAUUCCUCCGCCAGCCGUCGUGGCCCAACCUACCCUCAUCCGAUAGAGAAGCUUUCCAUUGAAAAAAUUACUCAUAGCGAGAUCCCUCAUGUGGAGCCCGCCUCUCCGCAAACCUCGCUUAACGGAAUUGGAGAAAUUAGAACGACCAACGUCAGCAGGAAGAACAAAUAUCCAUGUCCAUAUGCCGCAUCCCAUGCUUGCACCGCAACGUUCACAACCUCCGGGCACGCCGCACGGCACGGCAAGAAGCACACGGGAGAAAAGGGUAUCCACUGUCCAAUUUGCAAUAAGGCGUUUACUCGAAAGGAUAAUAUGAAGCAACAUCGACGGACCCAUCGUCUAUCCGUAUCAGAAGAGGCGUUGUUGAAAAAGGAAGAAGAAGCCGCCGCUCUAGCAAACUGGAACUGCAGAAGACAGUACGGUCGGGAAGAAUAUCUCGGCGUCGAGUCCCAUGGUUCUUCCCCUGCAAUCGAUGACAGAUCGGAUGAACCCAAAAGUCGAUCCACAAGACGCAGUCACGGCGGACGGCCCUAUUCCUCAUUAAACCAGGUGGCAUCGCAAACGACUACGGGACGAAGACCGGCCCCUUCCCGCUCUGAUAGCAUUACGGGAGGAUUGGAUGCACUCGCGAUUGCUGCGGCGAAAUCGAAUAUAGACUAUUACCGACGAUGA